AUGAAUCGGAGAAACGAUCCUAAUCCAUUUGAUGAGGAAGAACCUGAAGUCAAUCCAUUUUCGAAUGGCAGUACUGCUCCUGCUUCAAAGUCACGGUUUCCGCAGAUUGUUGCCAAUACCCUGGGUUUUGGCCAGAAAAAUGAUGCUACCGUGGAUAUACCGUUAGAUACAGUGAAUGAUCCAAGGAAAAAAGAGAGAGAACUUUCAACUUGGGAAGCGGAUUUGAACAGGAGAGAAAGGGAUAUUAAACGUAGAGAAGAUGCUGUUGCCAGUGCUGGUGUUCCUGUGGAUGACAAAAAUUGGCCCCCAUUUUUUCCAAUUAUUCAUCAUGAUAUAGCCAAUGAGAUACCAGUUCAUGCUCAAAGGUUGCAGUAUCUGGCUUUUGCCAGUUGGUUAGGCAUUGUUCUUUGCCUUGUCUUCAAUGUUGUUGCCAUCACUGUGUGCUGGAUAAGAGGCGGUGGGGUCAAGAUUUUUUUCCUUGCUAUAAUCUAUGCUCUUAUGGGAUGCCCCCUUUCAUAUGUUCUAUGGUACAGGCCUUUGUAUCGUGCAAUGAGGACUGACAGUGCACUUAAAUUUAGCUGGUUUUUCCUUUUCUACUUGCUCCACAUUGGUUUUUGCAUAUUUGCUGCAAUUGCACCUCCAAUUGUCUUUCAUGGGAAAUCGUUAACGGGUAUCCUUGCUGCGAUUGAUGUCUUUUCUGACCAUGUCUUGGUGGGGAUUUUUUACCUGAUUGGAUUUGCAUUGUUUUGCCUAGAAUCACUGCUGAGCUUUUGGGUACUUCAGAAAAUAUAUAUGUAUUUCCGAGGGAACAAGUAA